GAGGAACAGGCAGCGCCUAUAAAACCUGAGGCUUCUCUUCACCUUCAAACAAGAAGAGGAAGAAGCUCACAUCGCCUUCAUCAGGAUCAAACUCUGAGAGCUGAAGAUGAGGCGCUUCGUCGUUCUGAUGGCCCUGUUGUGUGUGUGUGAUGGUGUUCAGUUUGGUCAGCUCUGCAGUGGAAACCCGACCAACACAAGGAGGGGGUCAGAUCCCAAGGGACAGGGACACUACGGAGCUCGAAGGAAUGGCAGGACCCACCAAGGUCUGGACAUUGUGUGCAGCGACGGAUCGGUGGUCUACGCCCCCUUUGAUGUGACUCUGCAGGGAUCCCUCAUCGUCUACAACGACCCCCAACAAGAGAAGGCGGCCAUCAACAAGGGCAUCAACCUGAGAGGAGAGGGUCUCUGCUUCAAGCUGUUCUACGUCCAGCCGGAUCAAACCUCGGGCACCGUGAGGAAGGGUCAGAGGAUCGGGGUCAUGCUGCCGAUGCAGAGCGUGUACCCGGGAAUCACCUCACAUGUCCACGUCCAGAUGUGUGACAGGACCGACCCCACCAAAUACUUCUGAGCGUCUCACUGAGGACUCCUCCAAGUCCUCUUCAAGAGUCCAGAUCAGAGGAACAUGUGAAGCUCUGCACAGUUCAAAACCUCCUCAUGGAUCUCCUGAUGUGGAGACCUUCAGAGACCUUCAGAGACCUUCAGAGACCUUCAGAGACCUUCAGAGACCUUCAGAGACCUUCAGAGACCUUCAGAGCAGCUCCUGUCGGUUUAUUUUACUCCAAUAAACGUGAGAAGUUUAAAGAAA